CCACUGCUCGAGAUCCCUUCAAACCAGAGCCCCCUGAGAUCACCCCAAACUCCACUCCCCCUGAGAUCACCCCAAACUCCACUCCCCCUGAGAUCACCCCAAAUGCCACUCCCCCCUGAGAUCACCCCAAACUCCACUUCCCAACAACUGCCUACAUGCUGUGGGGCUUCUACGUGUGCAUUAGGGUCAUUUAUAUAAUUAUAUAUUUCUAUAAUUAUUUUAGUUUUUAUUGUUCUCAUGUGUGCCAAAUGACCUUUGGGAUCGUGUCAAAGAGCAUGCGUGUUGAUUGCGGGCCAGUUAUUUUCCAUUAACUUGUUUAAUUAACUGAAAAAAACCUUACAUUUGUGUGUGUGUGUGCCUGGCUUUUGCUAGUAAACAUUUGUGGUUAGCCCAAUAGUGAUAAAAACCUCACACAUUUAACCCCAGAUCCCAGCUCUCUCACAGGGGUCAUGAUGUUCUGGUCUCUCGAUCCUGAUUGGAUGGUUUACUGUAGUUUUCUGUGUAGUUGGAGCUUUCCAGUUAUGUCAUUGGCUGUGAUCAGAGGUGAUUUUCUGGGCCGGAAGAAGGCAACACGUGCAGAUAAAAGUUAAAACUAUACAGCUACAUCCAGCUUAUCAUAAGACCCACAGCACUGAAAGAACUACAGUCGUAGUUGAAAAGUUUUAUAAUGAUAACAGGCAAAAAAAUUGAUGAAUUACAUGAAUUUGAAAUAUGAAACUAGCCUUACGUUUCUGAGUGAGUACCUUGAGGAAAAGACUGUCUGUCAACCUGUUGGCCCCUCCUCCUGCCCACGGUCCCCUUUUCAGAUUGUCGUCCGCACCAUCCUGUUGGCCUCAGUGCCGUCUAGAUCCAGGUACACUAGCUCUACACUGCCCUUAUAAUCAACAUAUCCUCAAAAUACCACAAACUCGCUGCCUGCAGAAAUCGGCUUUUUUUUUCAAUUUAUUUCAACUUAACUGCACUGCACCCUCAAAUAUGUGGAUGUUUCCAAGAGAUUGGUUCAGCUGCCACGUCGGCUCUAAACGUUUUCAUAUGCGGUGCAGCCAUUUAGGUGACCAGGACUCACUCAGAUCUCCACUGUCGAGUGACUUCCCCCUGUGUUCUUUUGAGCGAGGCUGGAGUUAAAUAAGAUCCUUGAAUGGAACAGCUGAUAAUGCGUGGAGUCUGUUGCAGGAGAGUGAGGGGUUUCUCUCAGUCAGAGUCUUGUAGAGUCUCAUCCGUUCAGACGGAUCCGUGCUUGGCCCCGAGAUUGAGCACCAGAUUACGCCCCUCCCCCUUCUCUGACGCCACUGCCGCCCAGAGCCCUCGUAAUCUGCGAGGGCCUGGACGGAAGUACUCCGCCAUUUUUAAUCCGGUUCCCCUGUUACUGUUGCACUGUUACACGGAGGAAACCGCGAACAGGAAGGUGUACAGGAAAAGCCAGAGCUGGUACAAUGUUCUUAGCCCCACCUACAAGCAGCGGAAUGAGGACUUUCGGAAGCUCUUCAAGCAGCUGCCGGACACAGAGCGACUCAUUGUGGACUACUCCUGCGCUCUGCAGAGGGACAUCCUGUUGCAGGGCCGCCUCUACCUCUCCGAGAACUGGAUCUGUUUCUAUAGCAACAUCUUUCGCUGGGAGACACUGCUGACGGUCCGUCUGAAGGACAUUUGCUCCAUGACUAAAGAAAAGACAGCCCGCCUGAUCCCCAAUGCUAUCCAGGUGUGCACAGAUACGGAGAAGCACUUUUUCACCUCAUUUGGAGCGAGGGACAGGACAUACAUGAUGAUGUUCCGCCUCUGGCAGAACGCACUGCUGGAUAAGCCCCUGUGUCCUAAGGAACUCUGGCACUUUGUCCAUCAGUGCUAUGGCAAUGAGCUUGGCCUGACCAGUGACGACGAGGACUACGUCCCCCCUGACGAUGACUUCAACACCAUGGGGUACUGUGAGGAGAUCCCAGCAGAGGAGACUGAGGUCAGUAAUGAUACCUUGUCGAAGAGCAGUGGAGAGAAUAAACCAGACAGCAGUCCUCCCUCUCACAAGAGAUCCAUCACCCAGUCCACCCUCAACUCUACCACACCACCGAGCAGCACCGACAUGCCACUGUCUUUUGACAUUGGUCCUGAGGAAUACACAGACUGCCUUGCUGACAGUGAGCUGUUACCACUGCUGGCAGAGGACAGGAAGUGUGAGUCAGCAGGAGACCAGAUGGGGGCAGUGCCCUCACCCUCCCUCGACUUCAACGACAACGAGGACAUUCCCACCGAGCUCAGCGAUUCCUCAGACACAGAGGACGCAGAAGCAGAAGUACAGGCAUUCCAUGAUGACCUAAAUGGACGUCAGUACAUUAACGAGGUGUAUAAGUUCAGUGUGGAUAAGAUGUACGCGUUCCUCUUCACUGAAUCCCAGUUCAUGACAGACUUCAUGGAGCAGAGGAGAUUCUCAGAUGUGGCUUUUCAGCCUUGGAAAAAGGAGGAGGCAGGCAACCAGACGCGGGAGAUAGUGUACACCGUCUCCCUCUCUAACCCCCUCGCUCCCAAGACAGCUACUGUUAGCGAGACUCAGACUCUCUACAAGGCCAGCCAGGAGAGUGAAUGUUACAUCAUCGACGCAGAAGUUGUCACGCACGAUGUUCCAUAUCAUGAUUAUUUCUACACUCUGAACCGCUACACACUCACCCGAGUGGCCAAGAACAAGUGCCGCCUCAGGGUGUCCACGGAACUGCGCUACAGGAAGCAGCCGUGGGGGCUGGUGAAGGGCUUCAUCGAGAAGAACUUCUGGAGCGGGCUGGAGGAGAACUUCCGGAUCCUGGAGCUUGAACUGGCGAAAGCCGAGGACAUCCUGCUAGAGACACACGGGUCGUCUCCCAAAGCCAAAGCACUUAAGAGCUCCACACUGAGGCGGAGGAAAAGGCCCCUCCCACACCUGCGCACUGCACAUCUGGAAGAGAGCCUCAGGCCGGUAGCCACGCCCACCGACGAGGAAGUCAUUCAGAGAAUCAGACACGUGGCAGGUUCCACCCAAACAAGACACGCCCCUGAGCAUGCCCAUGGGGGCGGAGCCUUCUGCAGCAUGUCCAAACUGCUGCUCAUUGUCAGUUUUGUGAUCUGCAUCAGUUUGGUGUUGCUGGUUUUCCUGAACAUGAUGCUCUUCUAUAAGCUGUGGAUGCUGGAGUACUCUGCUCAGACCCUGAGGACCUGGCAGGGCUUACGUCUGGAUGAUAGUAGAUUACCGAAGACGCAGGUUGAAUGGGCUCAGCUUUUAGAGUCUCAACAGCGGGUUCAUGAAGCUGAGCUGCAGAAAUGGAGAGAGAUCAUUAAAUCAGCAGUGCUGCUGCUGGACCAGAUGAAGAACUCCUUGCUGAGUCUGCAGAGGGGAGUUGGCUUAAAAGACUAUGGCGCAGACUCGGGGGAAAAACGGACUCGCUACCACUGACAGUUUCCCUCCAGGCCACCAGGGCGUACUGUGCAAUUUAGAGCCAUGUAUGAAUGAGUGUUUGUCUGUCAAAGUUGCAUACCUGACCAACAGAGGCAAGAAACGCAGGCCCCAUCUGGACAUGCAUAAGAUGCAUUCCUACCAAUCGGAGGAUGGGGAGGAACGAGAGCAGAGAGGGGCACCAUUCGCUGCCAAGCCUGUCAGUCACAGCAGACAUCCCGCCCCCCCACAUCAGCACUCACUGAGGCUCCACCUACUGUCUACUUUCUUCUUCCCCUCUUUUUCUCUGCCUUUUGAUUUUUUUUCUGAAGACACAAUGCCAUUAGUGAAGAAAGCCUUGGAACAGGGAGAGGGAGUAUGAGUUGAAACGAGGGGCAUUUUUUCUUAUGUCGUUUCUUCCGAACCCUCCUGUUGCUGAGGCAAAGUGGUUCGAACCCCUUUCGUUUGAGUAAAGGUGUCGUUUUAGUCUCUGUGGACCUUGGACUUCCUGGCUUGUUAUAUGACUGCAGGGCUGCAGUGGCCUGUUUCCUGUUCCAUUUCCUUUGACCAGGAUGUGAAACCCCUGCACUAUUCAUUAAAUACCUCUAGGGAGUUGUUGGGCUUGUAGGUUUUAGAGGUUAGAUUUUAAAAAGGCCUGUGGCCUGCAAAUCCUACACGGCGAUUUAAAGCAUUAGUGUAGCCGUGUGUCCAGACGUGCAAGGGCGCAUAAUCAUGCUGUAAUCCCGUUGUAGUCCAGAGCCGAACUAGGAUUCGAUUUCAGGUGUCCUUGAGAUGAGGCACUUCCGUCUGUCGGCUGUGCUCGCAUGCAGGGGCAGGCGGGGAGAGAACCACCCACGUAUGAGGCGGCCACGGCGUGGAGACGGCUGGCUACGGCGUAGGGUCCGAGACUGGCAUUCGGCGCGGUGGAAUCAAAGAGAUUGGCAAGCGCCCGACCGCGGUCACACAUUCCGGAAGCCAUGCGUCCCGGAAGCCAUUUGACGUACGGAAUGGUGCAUUUCGAGCCCAUCGUUCCAAUAUGACCGAGCUGAACAUUACGCAGCCAGUCCUGCUAACCAGCCCCAGUGGUUUAUGAAGUCAAUAACCCAACAUAUUAAUAGCAGAGCAGUGAAAUAUGUAUGACCCAUAUCCAGAAAGUAAAUUUAUGGUAAAAAUAAUGAACACUGCAGUCAGGCCACCUAGGAGUCGUCUGGGGUUCUUUGUUUGUUUUUUUGUUUUUGUGUUUUUAUUUUUAUAGUGCUUGUUUACUAAAUUGUGAUCAAACGUCCUGAAAAGGUUUGGACUGUAUAUAAAUAGAUAUUUUAAAGUCACACACACACACACACACACACACCUACACACACAUACAUAUAUAUAUAUAGUAUAUGUGUGUGUGUGUGUGUGUAGGAGAUAUUUUUCUUUGCUCUAGAGUGGAUAAUGUAACCAGCAUAUGUCUGUGACAUGUGCAUUAUGUGUAUAAGAGAGAGUAUAUAGGUAAAAUCUGUUCUGUUUUCAUGUAGUACUGAGGGCUUUUCUCUAAAGUAUGAGGUUUCAAACCAUUCCACUCACUGUUUUGGGGAUUUUCAAUGUCAGACAUAUGAAGCCAAACUGCCUUAGUCUCGCAGUUCUGUCUGUCAGUCCAUACGCCCCACCCCACCCCUUUACAGUCCACCCUGGCUUGGGCGAACUGCAAACACCCAGAUCCACCAUCUUGGCUCAAGUAGGGCUACGGCUCUCCAUACAGCGCGCGCAGUCGCAUGUCAUCUGCGUUGUUCAAUAUGGCCGUCUUGCCGUCUGCUAUGUGCACUCCACUCCCAGCUCCUCUGCUCGAUUAGGGCUGUGUGCGCUCCAGCACUCCACCCCGUGCUGCGUUUGCUUCGUGAUACUUUGGCUCGAGUCGGCUAAGAGAUCUUGCACAGCGGAGUGGGAGGGGAAGACUUCUGCGAUUAGUAAACGCAAAGGGCACUGAACCAAAUAUAGUAUUGCCAGGAAUCGGUUCGAUGUUUGAGUGCAGAAGGUGUAAAAUGGAGAAACCAAGCACUUUAUCCGCACUGCUGUCUGAGAGAGAGACUUAUAUGACAAAGUGUGUUGUUUAUAGUAUGUUACUGAGCAAAGUGUUCUGUGUGUAUUUGGUGUCACAAGACAGUUAUCUCAAGAACAGACAGUUAUCUCAAGAACAGAUUUUUAUCUUUAUUUUUUUUUAGAGACUAAAUUGAUUCAGUUCAGUCCGGUGCUUUUGAGAAACAGUUCAGUGCUCGAUUUCAGAACCAGGUCAGCGGUGCAGUGCUCAAGCAAGUAGGCUUUGAUUGGGGGGUUUGGGGGGGGGGGUGUUUGUUUGUUUGUUUGUUUGUUUGUUUGUUUCAUGGAUCAAAUGUAUUUGUGCAAAUUGCUGAAAUUUCUGGAAUGUUACUACAAUAGUGUGCUUUGUGUUGACCUAAUUUAAUGAAUUGGGGGGGGGGUUUGUUGUUGGGUUUUUGUUUUUUUUUCCACGAGUUUGAGGUGUUUCUACUUAGUUGUUUACUCAGGUAGAGAUUCAAUCCGUCUGCAAGGUACUGAUGGCCCCGCAAGUCUUAUUGGACAGUGUCCCUGAGGGCACCGAGUCAUCUAUCCUUCUCUGCUACAUGUGCGGAGUUUCAGUAGGUUACAAACACUUUACGGACACAUUUACGGAAGGUUGUGGAUGUUAGUCAUGGCAAAUGAAAUAUUUUCCUCAUUCAAGUUUGGUAUAUUAUUCCUUGAUGUGGGUCCGUGUCUCAACCUGAGAUUUUCUGAAGAGAACUGUGAUAGCUCUUUAGGGACUGUCCAUCAUCUUAAACAGAUAUAAAGAGAAUGAGAUUUUGUCAGCCUCGGUCAGACAUGACAUGUGCUGGUAGUGUUACUGUUCUGCUUUCACAGGAAAACACAGUUCUUGACCACAUUGCUUUCUGACGUCGGCCUGUUCGAAUGUCUGUUAGUGAAAAAUGAGCACUUCUGCUCUGCUCACAUGCUGGACCAAAGGGUGGUUCCAAACCGAACCGCCGGAACGAGUCGGUGAACGGCGCAGAAUUAAGUGUGAGGCGAAGUUGGCGCCGCGGGAAGCGUCGAGACCACAGCGAAAAGCAUUGUGUGGACAAGGCGAUCGUCAUAGACAAGUACUUUACUGAAGUAGGAAUAUAGUGUCCAUGGUAACUCACAAUCUCUUGAUUUAACUGUCUCAGCAGUACUGUGCUUUAGUGGUGUGAGUGAAAGUUUGUUGAUAUGGCAACCACAUCCGUUCAUUCAGUGAGCUCAAGUAACACUCAUAUGUUUUUUUGUUUAUUUUGUUUUUAUUUACAAUGUUCUGGCUCACUCUGCCGAGGUGUAAACUUCAUUAGCAUCCUGUGAUUUAACCCCGUGUAGCAAAAAGUGCAGCAGAGAAUCUUAAUGUAUAUUUCAUUCUUUUAUUUUUUAAUUUAUUUUAGCGCUGUUUAGAUCUAUAUAACAGAAGGAUAGAUUUAUAUAUAAUAUAUGAGUACAUAUGCACUGUAUGUAAAUGUAGUGUGUAUGUGCAGUGUACAACACUGACGCGGGGACAGAGUCUACGCUGUGCGUAGAUCUCCAGGCAGUCGACUACUUUACCUGAUAGAGACCGAGUGGCUUUCUGACGUAUGAAUUAAGGAGGCUGAAUAAAAAAACUGGAAAAACA